GUAAAACAUCACAUUUUGCGUUACUGGAGCGAUGUGCUGAUGUGCUCACUCCAUACUGGGACGUGGAGCGGCCUGCCUUUAAGAGAUGAGAAGGCCACACGCAAGAGGCGUGAGGCCAGCGAAAAAGCUCUUAUUGCAGAGGUGGUGGCUUUAGAUGAACAUAACAAACGCCCCAAAUCUGGGGAAACACUGACAAGGUGGCGUAUGAAUGAAUGCACUGAACAUCGAGGGCGUGCAAUUCCUCCACCCUGGGCCAAGCGCAAGACAGAUUGGAACGUUGGUUUGGAGUUAGUAAUCAGAAGUGGCAAAGAUCCCGAGCUGGUUCGAGGCAAUCCAAAAAUGUGGGAUGCUGAGAUGAUAGAGAUGUGUGGUGCCACAGGCAAAGCAGAGCUGCGAGGACGCGCUUGUGACCUUGUGGAGCCUGUGAAGCAAAAGGUCCGGGAGCAGAUGGACAUUUUUCAUCGCCAACUCCCCUCGCCCUGCAAUGACAGAGGCUCUGGAUUUAGUCGAGCCGAAGGGCAAAGCACUGUGCGUUACAAUUUGCAAUUGGAUGGAAAGAGGCCUUUCUUAGCUGGACCGUCUGGCAAGUGUUUCGAUCGUGCAGGAUUUCUGCCUCAGCAAGACUUGGCACUCUGGGAUCAGGAGCGAAUUAUCGCUCCUUCUCGGGCAUACCGCUCAAGCGAGCGGGGUGCGUCCAUGUUCCAUGAUGAGCAGCGACAAGGACCAGCUUGGAAGCCAGCAGGCAGCAAGGCAAGAUCAGGGCUUUCCAAAGAGGGUGCUAGAUUGAUAAAGGCAUGACAUGGUUCGCCUGCCGAGCGGGUGUUGCCCGCUUCCUUUACGUUGCGGCCUUAGCUUUGAUCCUGACUCCAAUAAUUUCCAGAUAUUUCCAGCGUACCAGCGUUGUGAAGGGCAAGUUUGCAGCCCAGAAAAACCUGAGCUGCUUGAACUUGCCGCUGUUGUUCAUGAGUUCGACUUAAGGAGGUCUGUGCGCGUGCCCUUCCACUUUCGCAGGUUUCAACACCGUCCGGAAGACAAGCUGCCCAUCUUGCAAGCACAGAAUUUCCAGCGAGAAAAUUCAGCCAUAGUCUGUCAUAUUCUGAUUCUGUCAUUGUAUUCUUCGCAGGCAACCCGUGCUUUACUUACCCCAGUAGGAUCAGGAUUUGCAUCUAACGGAUCAGUAUCUACUGGUGGUAACAGAGUAUAGAGGAGGUGAGAUUUUGUUCUGAGAGUUCUUCCCUGAAUGGCAAGCGCUCAAAGUCUCAUGCUGCACUGUGCCUUUGCAAAGGCAUUCGAAGGAACUGGUUGAACCAGGUUCAGGGUCGAAAAAGGCGGA